AUGACAACGUUUAAAAAAAUUAACGCUCUUGUUAAUGAAGACCAUCACCGAACCAUUGAUCAACUCUCUGAGAUGUCUGGAGUGUCCUGGAGUUCAGUUCAGAGGAUUGGUUCAAUCACUACGAAAAUACACCUGCCCACUCUGUGGUGUCUGAAGCAGUUUUUGACCAAGAAUGGUGUGACAUCUAUUGUUCACCCUAACCCCCUUCCUCUAUUCACUAAACCUAGCCCCUUGUGA